AGAUGACAGAUUAAAAGUUAAUAUUUACUGAUUUGUGCUGAGCGCUGGCUACUUCUCCAAGUUCAUUUCUGGAGAUUUUCGUUUUUGGUGCUCUACGAUCCGGCAUGCGGGACCUGACUAUUUGGUAAAAUAAGCCACCGGGAGUAGGAUGAAGCUUCUCGCCAGGUUGCCAGUCCUCAGGUCUUUCGGUGCCCCUUACAGGAUUAAGAUUUGCAGCCGAGCGGCAUCUACGGAUUUCGCAGACUACGGCGCCCUCUUCAGGGAAGUUCCUGAGAAUUUUAAUUUCGCAAGUGAUGUGCUGGAUAAAUGGAGCCAGAAAGAAAAGGAUGGAAAGAGACCUUCUAAACCGGCAUUGUGGUGGAUAAGUGAAAAGGGAGAAGAGGUUCGGUGGAGCUUUGAGGAGCUGGGAGCCUUAUCCCGGAGAGCUGCCAACGUGCUCUCCGCCUCUUGCGAUCUACACAAAGGAGACAGGGUGCUCGUCAUCCUGCCACGGAUACCGGAGUGGUGGGUCGUAACCGUGGGCUGCAUGAGAGCAGGCAUUGUCUUCCUUCCCGCGACAGUCCUGUUGACGGCUAAAGACAUCCUGUACAGGCUUCAGGCCUCCAAAGUCAAAGCUGUCGUAACAAAUGAUGCCGUGGCGCCCUUAGUAGACUCCGUGGCGUCCGACUGCCGCUUCCUGAAAAGCCGGAUCCUGGUCUCCGAAGGCGGGAGAGAAGGGUGGCUACAUUUCGACAGCCUGCUCAAAGCUGCGUCUGAUCAGCAUCAACCCGUCAAGACAAGAAGCCAAGACCCGAUGACCAUCUACUUCACCAGCGGCACAACGGGUUACCCCAAAAUGGUGGAACAUUCCUGCUGCAAUCUUGGACUGGGACUGGCAGUAGCUGGGAGGGACUGGAUGGGGCUGGAUCCCGAGGCAAUGAUGUGGGGCCUGUCUGACACGGGCUGGGUGAAGUUUGCGUUCGGGGCUGUGUACGCUCCCUGGCUUCAAGGGUCCUGCGUCUUUGCUCACGGCCAGAUGCAGUUUGAGCCAACGGCCGUUCUAAACAUCGAGGGAAGAAGUGUGCCCCUUUCUAGUUGUGAAAACUUCGAGGAAGAUGAACCUAUGCACUCCGAAGCAGCUCACAAUAAAGAAUCCAUCAACAAAACAGUGAUUAAAGCCAACUACUGA